CAAAACACUUCGCUGCACGUCCAACCGCCAAGCCAUCGGGCAGUGUGAUAUGAACGUUGCUGCAGGCGACGCCGGCGAAGAAGAGGCCUGCUCAGUUUUUUCCAUUCCUAGUGGUGCUGCGCCAGAAUUGUUAUGCACCGUGGAAGGAAGCAACCCCCAGCCCGGGUCCCUCAAUGGGGGUGGCUCGUGGUGCCUCGAUGCGGAGCCACUGGAGGCCAGGAGCAAGACGACUGAAGAUGACUACACCAAAGUGCACGCGGUGUGUGCGGGGGUGCAGUGCGAGGCGGGCAAAGUGAAGGUGAAGUACGUCGGCGGCGACGCGUGGCAGGAGUGCCCCGAGGGGAAGUUUAUCACGCCGAAGUCGGCGCACUUCAAGGACGGCGGCAAGAUCAAGUGCCCGAAGUACGAGGAGGUGUGCACCAUCGCCGCCAACGGCAGCAGCCUCGUCAAGCUCAGCUCCGCAGACAAGGACAACAAAAAGGCAGACAAGGACAACAAAAAGGCCGACACGGACGGCAAAAAGGGCGGCCACGAUGGCAAAAAAGACGACAAGGACGGCAAAAAAGACAAGGACAGCAAAAAAGCCGACACGGAGAGCAAAAAAGCCGACACGGACAGCAAAAAAGCCGACACGGACAGCAAAAAAGCCGACACGGACAGCAAAAAAGCCGACACGGAGAGCAAAAAAACCGACACGGACAGUAAAAAAGACGGCAAAAAAGCAAAGAACGGCAAAAAAGGCGGCCACGAUGGCAGUGUUGCUGCCGCUGUCCUCUCCAGUCUGCUUCUUCUCGCCACGGUCACCGCUGCGGCGGCGGUAGUGCCGCUUUGA